UGUCCCUUCACCUUCAUUCCCAUUUCCCACAUUCUUCUGUCUGUUUCAACUUCUAACCAUUCAGUUUUCAGUCCGAACAAAAUCAUAGACAAUAUUAUACAAAAUGGAAAAUAACAGGAGUUGGGAACAGAACGCACUCUUCAAUGAGCUAUUUCAGGGGAUGGAGAUUGCAAGAAAGUUGAAGGAAGACUUGACUUUACCCUCUUCGGCUGACACUAGGGACUUGCUUGUGCAGAGGAUAUUAUCUUCUUAUGACAAGGCUUUACUAAUUCUAAGAUGGAAUGCAUCAAUUUCCAAGUCACAGACCAUGCAUCAAGCAACUAAAACUUUGUCACCAGAGUCCCCAGUAUCUGCCAAAAGAAGUCCUCCAAUGGAGGACAUUGAUGGGGGCCUAAUGGACCAUCAGGAGCUUAAACACGAUUCAAAGAAAAGAAAGACGAUGCCCAAAUGGAAGGAUCAGAUUAGAGUGAAGUUCGAGAAUGGCUUUGAAUGGCCCCACGAAGAUGGAUUCAACUGGAGAAAAUAUGGACAGAAAGACAUCCUUGGUGCCAAAUAUCCCAGGUACGAGGAUAUUUUCCUUUUCCCUAUCCCUAUGGUGCUUAAUAAAAUAAACACAACAAUUGAGAUGAAAUUAACAAUUGAUUGUUACAUAUGCAGAAGCUAUUAUAGGUGCACCUUCCGCAACACUAAGGGCUGCUGGGCCACGAAGCAAGUGCAGAGAACAGAUGAAGACCCCACUAUCUUUGACAUCACUUACCGAGGAAGCCACACCUGUUCUCAGGGAACCAAUGCGGUUCUGCCACCAAAGUCACCAGACAUACAAGAGAAACCGCAUGGUCAUAAAAACGAUGUUUGCCAUGCGCAGCCAUCACAAGAAAGCCUUACAAAGUUCAGAAACACCUUGACUGUUAAUACGGUUAACCUGGGAAAUGAAGAAACGGCACAACAUUUCACUUCCACUUCGAAUUCAUUUGGAUGCUUGACACAAGAUAACCACACCUUAUUUCCUUCGGUACUAGAGAAUGAUCCCUUCUUGAGCAGCCUUUCACAAACACACUUGUCUCCAAACACGCCAGAAUCAAAUUAUUUUCUAACUCCGUCUUUCCUCAUAGAUGAGUUUGAUGGGAUCUGUAACAAGCCAUGCCCAGAUUCUGAUAUUACUGAGAUCGUUACCGCCAACACAUCAGCCACCAAUUAUUCAAUUUUCGAUUUCAAUUUCUCACUCGAUGUACCGGAAAUUGAUCCAGAUUUCCCUUUCAAUGCCUCGGGAUUUUUCUCCUAAUUGCACCCGAGAAUAAAUGGCAUAUUAUAUGUCGAAAGUUAUGAUUAGAACAUUUGAAGAAAGGGUUGGUAGCAUGUAUUAUAAAUUAGGACAACUUUAUAUACAGUAGAACAAUGAACCACCUAUGACAGCACUAAUA